GACAAGAACAGUUCUCUUAGGUUUCAAUAUUUUUAUCUGACUAGCAUUGUAAAAUGGGAGCAGGAUUUUCAAAAGAUGAUGAAAAUGACAGGACUGGUGCUUUAUUUCAGGCAAUACGGAGAGAUCGAUUUCAGCUGGCUACAGAACUAAUCUCAAAAGGUGCAGGGGUAAACUGUAUGAAUAACUUUGGUAAUACACCACUUAUACAAACAUGUCGAAACAACCGGACAUCAAACAGGACAGGGAGGGCAGUUGAAUCUGACCGAGAACGUUUUGUCUCAUUCCUUAUCAGCAAUGAUUGUGACAUGAGCAAAUAUGAUAUAUAUGGAUGGACAGCUCUUAUGUAUGCCGAGAAGAAUGGCCAUGAUAACAUCAUUGAUAUUUUGGAGAAAAAGGAUAUAAUGUGUAGUGACGAUACAGAAACUAAAGAGUGAGUAGCAGUCUUCCAAUGGAGAAGCGGUAUCUUAAACUGAAAGACGGGAUAAAAUAUCAAUACUGUUUUCAAAAUAAAUUUUUAAUCAUUGAA